ACGCAGACACGUUCACGUGCCACAUCCACAUAGUGCGUGAUGUCUUUGAACUUCAUGCACAAGCAUAAACCGCCUAACUUCACUUUAGCGAUCAUAAAUUAAUUUAAUUAUAAGUUCAGUCAUCAGAAAAGUCAGACACAAAGUACAGGAAACAGUGUGACAUUUCAACAAAAUGCCAAAAUCAUUCCUGGUAAAGAAGCAAGUGAACAAUGUCAACGCGUAUGAGAAACUUCGCAGUGGGAUCGAAAGUACAGUAAAUCUCAAGACAGCCGGUGUUGGUACGCAACCACUGCACACUGACGGCAGCCCAUCUAAUGAAACAUUUGACCCCCAUAAUGUUGAGAACGCUCCAUCCCUGGCGUCCAAUUCCUUUCCCUUUCUUCAAUCGAAAGGAAUGUCUUGUGGGACUCAGCAACCAUCCUACUGGCAUCACAGUAUCCUCUUUGCUCACAGUCAGCCAACUAAAAUGAUUUGUAGCGGAAACAAAGCACAGCUGAGUGGACGAUGCCAAAAUAGCCAAUUCAGACAACCGCCAGCAAGUCAGCUGCAGUUUACUGAGUUAUCAUCCACAGCUGCCGUUCCCGGUGUUGCUUCCAUGGCUCCCAUCUAUCAAGUAGAAGACAACUUACCUCUGAAAAGAUCAGGCCUGAAAGUGAAAGCUGUGACGGAAAAUGAAAACCUGGCUUCUGCACCCAAAGACAGGUGGCGUUUCAGUGACAUGCCCACGUACAAAUGUCAUGAUUGCUGUAAACUAUUCACUACCUCUAACAGCCUAGUAAAACAUAGACAGCUCCACUGUGAAGCGGCCCCAGGCAAUGCUAAGUGUUUCAGUUGCAAAAACUGCGAGAAACAGUACAUGUCUUUAGGAGCACUCAAGAUGCACAUUCGGACUCAUACACUGCCGUGCAAAUGCAAGUAUUGUGGCAAGUGUUUUUCUAGACCUUGGCUCCUGCAGGGUCACAUCCGCACACACACUGGAGAGAAACCUUUCUCAUGUACUCACUGCCGACGUGCUUUUGCUGAUCGCUCAAACCUUCGUGCUCACCUCCAAACACAUUCAGAGGUCAAGAAGUACAGUUGUCACCACUGCACAAAAACCUUCUCCAGGGUUUCACUUUUAGCAAAGCACGAAGAAUCUGGUUGUUUUCCACAGUCACUCGCUAGUGAAGAGCCAAAAAAACUCUAAAUGUACAAACUUUUAUCAAAGCACAAUAUGACAUUCAAACAACUAGAGUUCUGAUGUUAAAAUUCCUAGAAAAUAUCGAAGCAGAAGUGAGACUGGAUUUUUUCUAAACGGUAAGCAUCAAAGGGUCAAGUUGUCAUUGCCAGUUGUACCUGUUGGGGGUAGAAUUCGAAACUUACCCGUUAAGUCAUUUGAAUAUGGCUUUCCAGAGGAUUAUAUCCUGAUUAGACAAUUUCUAUACUUCAUUGGGAACAUUUGGGCCACUAAUCUAUGUACCGAAUUUGCCAGUUGUUCACUAUAAAAAGGCCAACCAAAUGUUGGGGGAAAUUGAAAGUUUAGGAUGUUAAAAAGCAUUACAGUGUUUGACCAAUCCCUGGAUGUGUGUUGUAACAAAUUUAUUACCAAGAACAAAUACUAAUCAUUAACAUAGAAAACCCAUGUGUAAUUCAUGUUCAGUAACAGUAAUGUGAACAAAGCAAUAAUAUGUAAUAAACUGUAAAGCUAUAUUCAUCUUCAAUAAGAAAUGAAUACACUGGACCCAUGGGAAAGUUCCAAUAGAUAUUAAAAUCACCCGAUGUGAACAAAAAGGACAAGUUUUGAAUACCGUGCACAUAAUG